CAAUCCAGGAAGGGAGGGUAUGUGACAAGAGUAGGCUGCCAGGAACUGAACUGGGUGACACAGAAGCAGCCUGGUCUUAAAGAGCACAGGCCCCCAGCCACCCCUACUGCUUGUGGGCUUCUUUUUCUUGAGCUCAGACGAGCGAGGAGCUCGGGUGCACAGCUUCCUCCUCUCUCAGAGACCCAGGGAGCUGCAUCACCAGCCUCUUCACCCUCCAGAACCCAGAAACCAGCGCUCACCCACAUGGAGCCCUGUCGGUCCCUGGCCCUGCUGGCUGGCUCCCUGGGCCUGAUAGCUAUCCUUGUUGCUUUGAGCACAGAUUUCUGGUUCAUGGCCAUGGGGCCCACAUCUUCAUCUCACUCAGGCCUCUGGCCAAAAGGGAAUCAUGACCUAGUAGUACUGAUAGCAGGCUACAUCCACGUGACGCAGACCUUCAGCAUUCUGGCUGCCCUGCUUGGCCUGGUGUCUGUGGGCCUCCUGGUCCUGUCCUGCAUCCCCUCGCUAUCUGCCCCGGGCCGUGGGCCUCUUUUCUCAUCCAUCACAGCUUUUGCAGCAGCCCUCUCUGUGAUGGUGGCCAUGGUGGUCUAUACCAGUGAGCGGUGGAGCCAACCUGGACACCCCCAGAUCCAGACCUUCUUCUCCUGGUCCUUCUACCUAGGCUGGGUUUCGGUUCCCCUCUUUCUCAGUGCAGGUGGCCUGAGUCUAGGUGCUCACUGCAGUGGCCCCCGGCCUGGCUACGACACCUUGUGAGCCGCAGGCGAGGACAGAGGACAGCAGGAUGGGUUUGGAGCACCCUUCUCUGAAAGCACCAUCAGGAGACAUGGGAACACCUGGCCCUCCCUCGGCCCUCACCCCCAGCCCUUUCGCAGCCCCUUCAUUUGUUUCUUUAUUCAGUCAACAAAAAUUUGCUGGAAGCUUGUUAUUCUGCGAUUUAUUGAACCACAGCAUAAGCCAACGGCACACCAGCU